UGGUGAAGACGACCUUGAUAUUUUUUCGUUGAAUACCGUUAUCUUCAGUCGUAUACAGUUAUUCGUGGGAAAUUCUAUUAAUAGUGAAUGAUUCGCGGUUGUGAUUGAUAAUAAAGUGGAAAAUGGGUUGUGUUUUGUGACUUUUGUGACAUAUUCGAUAGUUUUCAACGAAAACAGUAGGUUAAGCUCGUCCACUGGCCUAAACUCUGAGCGAACUAGAUUGCGUUUUAUGCACAAGGCACACUGACUGAGUGGUGGAUCCACUGAGAUUGAGUGCCUUCCAUCGUAGUAGACAUCGGUGCACCACGACCACGAGUCAGGCGUCGUUGGAGCAACCCGAUCUUGCGAGCAUGAAGCAUUUUGUCUGGGCCUUGUACAACCAUUGAAAAACUAGCGUAAUAUUAGCCAGGAGCUAAUGUGACUAAUGCUGGACAUCGAAAGCUUGUAACUGGACAUCAAUAGGAAUCCAAGCGAAUAUGACUCUUACUUGAAUUUGAAUACAAGUGUUAUAGAACAUCACGCUUUAAUAACUUUUAAAUGUUAUUAUCUUUUCAAAAAUCACGCUCGAAAUUGAAGAAAAUCAGAGCUCCUCGCACAUGAGAAAGUGUUGGCGAAUGAGUGGAGCAAGAAAAAAAAAACAAUAAACAACCGAACCGAAUGCCACUCGACGACGACGACGGCCACGACGAGAGAUAGCUGGCAAGUGUAUGAUGGGCCCGCGCGAAGUCAGUUCCCAGACAACAGUUACAGAGAUCGGUCAUAUCGCGUCACGGUUGACCGGUGUGCAAUCGCGGCGCCUCACAAAGACAAACGGCCCUGAGUCCUGUCCUCUGAUCCUACAGGAACAGGACAAAUGUGUGAUUGGAUCGAUAGCAGAAGGUGGUCGCUGUGAACUCAUGUUGAUAAUACUUUAAUUAGUGUGCUGGUGAUAACGCUGAUGAAGGGUGCAACAAGCGGGAACAUCCAACAGGUCGCUUUUUUUUUUGAUUAGGUUCGAAGUGUUCUGCAGCAUCCGCAUUUUUGCUCCCGCGGUGAAGUGAGAUUGUUUGGUUUUGCUGCUGUUGUGUGCGCGCGAUCCGGAGAAGAAUAGGGACCCUGUGGCGAACGGAACUCGCAUGUCCGGGCCCCCGGAUAACCGAUCUACCAGACCGGAGACCGCAAUCUGCCGAAGAGGUGCGACAAGUGCGUGCUGUUUCUCUGUAUAGCGGCAGCAAUCUGUUGCGCGCGGUUUCGCAUCGAAGUAGGCAGGCAUGCAUUGUAGACCAGCAGCAGCAGUGGGCACCAAUCAACAGUGUGAAGCCGAAAAAGUGCCAUUUCGCGGGCUACUGCGUUUCGGAGAGUGAAAGAUUUUAUCGUGGUUGCUUAUCACGAUGGUUGUUAAGUGAAUAAAGAGAAUGUAUCAUCAGUGCGAUAAGAGUGCAUAAUUGAAGAACCGCAGCUGGGUGUGAUGAAUUGGUUUGUGAUUUUGGGCAGAAUCGAAUUGAAUCAAAGAAGAAAAGCCAACAAAAGUGUUUGUGAACAUGUGCAGGCUCAUUGCUGCCAAAUGGGAGUGAAGAUUUGUUUCGUGGGUUGAUUAAUUAUUCAUACAACGCUUAAUCCAGUGAUGUGCAGUGGCCAAAAGCUGAAGACGAAAAAUUGAUGAGCAGUUUUAUGUACAGUGAGAGUAGUUGAAUUGUUGGAAUCAGCACCGCUUGAAGAAAAGUUGCCCAAUCGAUGAUUGAGUAUAAGUUGAAGCAGUAGGCAAUACAUUUUUAGAAGGUGCUCACCUAGCGGCCGUCUAUGUGCAUCAGAAACCGCAAUCUUUGGAGGCAACGAUACUCUACUGCCAUGAAUCCAUGAAGGAACGGCGAGCUAUGUUGCGGUCGGUGGUCGUCAUAUUGGAAUCAUGCGGUGCUUAGGACAAGCGACAUCGCUACCGGUGGUGACUGACGGUAGAAUCGAGAGUGCCAUGGUUGCUUGGAUGGUAGCAUAGUAGUAGCAGCGAGUAACCGAAAACUGUGCCCGUGAACAAUGGACUAGUGCUUAUUGCGCGCGUGGUUUCGUCUGUUGGAGAGUGAAAUGAAAGUGUAAUCACAUUUCGUUUUAAACGCAAGCUCCGGUGUACGGAAAGUGGUGCAAGUUGUACGUUUUGCCAGCUGGAGAGGAAGAAGCGUGGAAUGGGUGUGAAAAGUUUGGAAGAAAUUGGCAAUUUGGAGGAAAAGAAGAUUGUCUGUUCGGAAAUACGGUUAAGGUGAGCCAUAAGUGAGUAUGGCACUCGAAGCACAGUGUUUGUAUAUACAGUGAAUGCGUAAUCGUAAAAGUAUUGUAGAAGACGGGGAGAAAAGAAAAUUGGAUCAAUCGCAGUAAAAUCCGUGCCAGAAAAUUCCGAAAAAAAAGCCGCGAAAAUGUUGAAAAUUCAAAUGCUCGAACAAAUCGUGGCCAACGAGAACAUACACGAGGAUGGUCAGAUAGCAGCUGGUGGCGGGGGUGCAGCAGCAAGUGGAACGAACAGCACUAGCUACAGCCCCUCCGGUAGCUCAAAGGAUGAGAAUGGAGAAACAAGAAGCUUGAACCGCAGCAACCGUUUAUCGCCUCAAGGACGGCAGCAUAUGGGCGGGUGGACCACAGCUACAGUAAACUCCAAACAGAAUGGAUUGCCGACGACGCCGAGCAAGAGUGCAACCACCAGUCCGGACCGACUUCGGGGGGCAACGCACGAUCUGUUCGAACUGCUGGAACGAGUGCAAUGUUCGCGGUUGGAUGACCAGCGAUGCGUUCUGCCGUCGUACUUCACACAGAAUACCCGCGAGGAACGAAUCUCCAACCCACAUGGCGGCAAUAACAAUGACACGCCGAACAAUCUCACCGUACAAAUUCCGCAACAGACGCGAUCGUUGCUCCGGCACUCGAACAGUAUGUCGUCGAAUCCGCACUCGAACUCGAGUUCAACGCCGGCCUCCCCGCAUCUGCUGUCGAACAGCUCCAGUGGUCACCUGCAUCACACGCUCUCCAACGGAGGAACGCUGCAUCAUCAUCCCCAGUACCAGAGUCAGUCGUCGGUAAGUUCCCAAAGUUCGUCGAUCAUUUCGGCAGUUCCGCCGCUGCAGCGGUUACUCGAGGAUCACCUAAGUAAGCCGUCACCUUAUGCUAUGAUUGUGAUACCAAACAACGGGGGAUAUUGGGUAGACGGUACUGAUCACGAUGCGGGGUACGACAUUCCGUCACACACUACCUGGAGGGUGGGAAAGAUCGAGUCUGACGAUACGGCGAAAUGCUACCGACGGUUCUUCAUCUCGAGGGAGCACUCAAAUCUGGUCGGACACGACGAUCAACUCGGCCCAGUAUUGCUGUCUAUUAAGUCUGAGAACGUAGCUAACCAAGACCACAUUCGAAUACUGCUCCGGCUAAGAACCGGAACCAUGCACGAAAUCAUUCCAGCGUCUUGUCUAGGGUCGAAUCCAUCCCCGAUCAAGAUGGCACGACUUCUGAACGAUCAGAUAAAUGUAGAUAGCUUUAUGCCCGUACUAUGUCCCAAAGCUUCGACGUUGAUUGCCAGCUACGACGAACACGUGCUUGUCACGAAUUUCAAAUUUGGCGUUCUGUAUCAACGGUACGGGCAGACCACGGAAGAGGAACUUUUCUGCAACAGUGAUACGACCCCGGCUCUCGAAGAGUUCCUCGAUCUACUUGGACAACGAAUACGUCUCCGCGAUCACAAAGGCUAUCGAGGUGGUUUGGAUAUUCAGAAUGGUCACACAGGCGAUACUGCCGUCUACGAAGUAUUCAAAGAGCGUGAGAUCAUGUUCCAUGUUUCCACACUGCUCCCGUACACGGAAGGUGAUCCGCAGCAGCUUCAACGGAAACGUCAUAUCGGCAACGACAUUGUGGCAAUUGUAUUCCAGGAAGAGAACACCCCAUUCUCGCCGGCAAUGAUCGCCAGCCACUUUUUGCACGCAUUCAUCGUUGUUCAACCGCUGGAGCCCAACACACCCAACUGCCGGUAUAAGAUUUCAGUAACUGCCCGGGACGAUGUACCGUUCUUCGGGCCUACGCUCCCCCAACCAUCAGUAUUUAAGAAGGGACCUGAGUUGAAAGAAUUCCUCCUGACCAAGUUGAUCAACGCGGAGAACGCCUGCUACAAGGCGGACAAAUUCGCUCAGCUGGAACUCCGGACGAGGACUUCACUGCUGCAGAACUUGGUCGAUGAACUGAAGGAGAAAACCCGAGACUUUCUGGGGGCUGACCUUCUGGGAGCCCCCACCUCACCUACCCCAGAAACUCCCAAAUCGGAAAGCGGUUUCACCGGAUCGCGGUUCAUCGACACGGUGAAGAAGGCGUUGAACGCCCGGCUUCGCUCCCAGAACUCCGACCCCACGAACGGAAGUGUCGAAUCCAACCCAAAGCAUCACAACUCGAUCAAGAAAUCCAAGGAGAUCUCCGACGUGCCCUGUGGACCGGGACAAGUUGUUAACAUCGGUCGAUCACUAUCAAAAAGUAGUACGACGGGCUCGCGGAAGUCUCCCAACGAUUCGGUGGCCUCCUCGCCGGACAUCACAUCUCGCUGUUCGCUCAAUCCGAACAAUCUGAACAACAACAACAACAGCAACGCAUCCAACAACAAUCAUCACCAUCAUCAUCACGGUGGAAAUGGAGGCAAUCAUCAUGGCGCCGGUGCCAAGGGGCUUUCCAAUGGCGUCAGCAAUGGCACCGGUAACAACAACAAUAACAACAACGGCCCAGUGGCAAUGUCCGAAACUAGUGACGACUCCAGUUUGAACAGCGUUGAUCUGGAUCCGAUGGUUUUCCCAAACGUAGAUGCCGGAGCGACGUACAUCGACAGCGACACCGGGCUGGAAUCGAUGUCCUCGGCGGACGCCACGACCAAGGCCUGCUCGCUCUGCCUGGACGGAGACCGGGCGGAACGAUCGACGAAUGGGGGUGGAAGCGUGAUCAGCGUCAGUGUCGGAACCGGAAGUACCGGAGGGGACAGUACGCGGGAUCUUCGCAGCAGUACCGGAAGUGGCGGUACGAACGUUAGUGGUGGUGGUGGUGGUGUUACCGUCGGAGUUGCCGGCAACACCGGAAUGCUGCUGGUGACGCCGGACGUUGUGCAGCAGAUGGACGGCUUCAAGCAGGAAAUUACCCGGCUGAAGUGUGAUAAACUGGAUCUCCUCAGGCAGAAUGUGACCUGCCAGCGUGACAUCAAACGACUACGGGAGCGUGAACUUUCCCUGCAAGGUGACCUGGCCGCUGCCGGGAAGGAAAUUCUUCGACUACGCGAUCUACUGAAGGAAUAUAUGCCGUCCGCCGCAGCUGAACCUCUCUAAAUCCGUCUCCUCGAGUCGACCUCGAACGGAUAAUCCAAAUCCUCCCACCACAUCCUUUUUGCGGGCCAUUAUUGUCUUCACAAUAGUGAGUAUUUGGAUGCGCACACACAUACAUACGAAACAUACACACUUAAGCACACACGUGACACCAUAGAGACGCAUUCGUUCAAGAUAGUAGGCGGUGGAGAAAUGGAAGCAGCAUUGUCUCUGCUCUUAUCAGCCGGCUUUCUUCCAACUACAAUCGUCUAACAUCAGCUUAGCACACAAAAUCGUCGUCUCGUUUUUAUAAUCGUCGCCUUCGUCGUCGCCAUCAUUGGUGCUGGUUAUCGUCGUUUGUCGUUAUGGUCGUCAUCUCGUCUGUGCUGCUUCCGAGUGCAAACAUACGUAUUUUGUUUCCUAUAGUGUUAUCCUGGAAUAAGGAUUCUCGAAAAUCUCUUUCCCUCCUCAUUAGAGAAGAAACAAUUAAGUUUUAAUAUAUUUUUUUCUUUCAAACUAAUAUAUGAGUGAAGAGAGAGAGAGAGCAAUCAACGUUUACGAGUGUUUUCUGUAAAAAGAUCUUUUUUUAAUUUAUUUUAAACUUCGUAAUCUCUUCUGAUAUAAAAAAAACCUAGCGCGGUAAGUUUUGUUGCCUUUCGCUUUCUAAUUGUAGCACGUUUUGGUAGGUUUAUUCUUGUUGAAACAACAUCGAAGCAGCCGACUUUUUCACUUUUGCACUUUGAUCUAGUUCUCUCUGCUUUCCGUCGUUGACCAUGGGUACGGGUGAGCAGUAUUGAUCAACCAAUGUUUGCUGCGAUUGCUCUUUAUUGUGAUUGAAAUUUUAGCGGCUUUGCUCUCUGUUGCUUUCCAAUUCAAUGUCAAUGAACGAAAUAUGUAAAUAAUUGUUUUAGCUUGACGCUUCAUCUUCGUGUUGACUUUGCAAAAACUAUAUGCAAGUUUCUUCUAGAAAUGGAAACUUUUGCUGUAAAUGUCAAUUAUUAUGGAAAUAUUCAAAAAUAAAUCAAUGAUGCGAUAUUUGAGCAGGAUUUUUGAUCAAAUAUCCUUGUAUGUAUUAAGCGUAUUCCAUUGAGAGAUAUUUUAACACGACGUUAUUCACAUCUUUGUUCAGUUUUAGGUAAAAAGCAUUACAAUUUUAAUAAGUUUAUAGAAACCAACGAGUAGAAUGGGCUAUUAGAGUGCAUGUGUCUCUCUCUUUCUCUCGAAGCGAAUGACUUUUGCUUUUGAGAGAUUGCUAACCAAGAAAACCAAAAAUAUGAUGUUGAGAAACAAUCCGAUAAGCUACCAGAUGUUUUAAGAACUUAGAUACCCAUAGAUUUUAGUGAAACAAAGACAAAUCUAAGCGCAGAGAUAAUACACAAACGAGUGAAAAUGUACGUGCAAUACACAGUUGUAAUUGAUCAUCAAAUCAGACAAAAUGGAAAUCACUCACGGAAUCCUAUAUGAACCUUAAAUACAGACAGAGACUUUCAAGCCUUAUGAUAAAAUUGAAUUUCUAGGUGAAACUAAUUUCAAAAUUAAGACUAUCUCUUGUUUUUAGAUCAAACAUUUAUCUUGAGAAAAAUGGUAACUUUGUACGAAAAAUACUGCCUUCUACUUACAUAUAAUGCAUACUGCAUGAAGCUGUCUCCAAAGCAAGCUCAUAAGAAAUAAUGAAAAGUUACACGAGUACUGUCAGAUGCAACAUUUAAAGAAUUGAUACCAAAGUUAACAACAUUCCCAAAAAUCUACAAAAGCACACUUCACACUGAAAACUGAAAUCGACCAUCCUAUGUCCCAUGAACAAGAAUAAUCGAAAACACGGUCCACUUCUGCUUUUUGACCGAAGUAGACUCUGUAAAACAGGAAAUCUGUCAUAUCAACAAUGCUAAAUCAGCAAUAAACGAAUCAGUCAGUUAAUAAGAUGACCAAAAAUCACAUAAAACCAGUAGAUUUUGCACUUCAACAAUACCUACAAAACAUAGAUACAAAAUGCCGUAAAACAAAUGUAAUAAUCAAAUUGAUGUCUCUGCAAGUAAAGCAAGCAGCAUAUUUUAGCAGCAUAAAACGAAAAAGAAAAAUGCAAACUUUGUCCAGUGUUACAACUAUACUAAAUAGGAAAGCUGCUACAGUAUAGCGAGAGACAAGUCACAACCAAAAAAGAAAAAAAUGGGACGUGAAUAGGUUGAUACGGUCAUCAUCAUCACAUAGGAAAACAGGAAAUGGUAGAACUGGUGAAUACCCCGAGUGUGUCGAAUAUACUUUUGAAGUAGGAGUAACUAAGAAACGGACUAAAAAAAACCUAGUGGAGAAUAUCGAUACUACACUUGAAUGUGAAACUCUAUUUGGAACAUAUUAGAAAGAGGAAGAAGAAGAAUAGACUCUAUAUAUUUUAAACAUAUACUAGAAAAA